UCACUCUAUUAAAAAUUCAGAUCUAACCUCUGGAUGUGAGGUGUAGUCCACAUAUGGAUCUUCUUUCGGAUUUUCAAAUGGGCUGUAAACAAUAGACCUACUGCGUGGUAACAUGUGGAGCUAAUACCACACUUAAAAGGAAUCGACCCCUGGCCUAGACUAACAUGGCGACACUUCCCUCAGUGAAAACCACUAAACCACCACGAUAUCGUUCACAAUAAAACAUUGACUUUGAUCCUCAAUUUUUUUAGAUUAUAUACAUCAAUAUAAAAUUCCAAAUUAUGAUUUCUUAUUAUUAAAAGUCUUAAUAAAUGGUUACGGCCUCCAAACUUUCAAAUAUGAAUAUCAAUUUGUGGAGAAUUUAUACACACAAAGUUGCAUUAAUUUACAUCACAAUACCUUUUUUGUCAAGCUUACCAACUCCCUCCUCUCCCAUCCAUUCUUUACAUAUGCAAAAUUUAUCAAUUCAAAUCAACCCUAAACCCGACCCAAAAAUUUUCCAAAUGCGAGUUGGUCUACUCUUACCGAUAAAAUAAUAUCCAUCGGCCCAGUAUUUGUAUGUCCUCUUAACCCAAUAACAGCCCAAUAAGGAUCCAUAUGUAUAUUCAUUUUUAAAUUCCCGAAUAUCUCUCUUUACUGAUUCUUUGAUCGAAAUCAGCCGCCGCCGACUCUAAUGGAUUCUCAACCUCCGGCGAACGAGUCUCCACCGUCGACGACGCCGUCUAACAUCGGAGAGAUAGUUCCUCUCUAUUCCAGUUACCUCUGGAACCGCGUCGCUUCCUUGAUUCCCACUUCGAACUCAAUUAUUCUCGGAAAAUUCUCCAAUCUCUUUCGCCAAACGUUCACCAAAUCACGACGUGUAUCAUUCCCUCUCCCUCUACCUUCCGAGUUCCCAUGCUCGUCUCCCAACAUCUCAUCGGAUACGUCGAGGAUCUAUGCGGUGUUGGAGGAGAUAAUGGCUGACGUUCUCUCGAACUUGCACGAUAUCCAGAAAAGUUUAGAUUUCUGGCAGUCUAGAGCUGAGGGCUCUAAUGCUCGAAAAGCUUACUUUAUGAUCUUCGAGAGGGGACCAGUAGCUUUUGUGAAUGAGAGUAAGAACUUCGUCCGCAAAAGUCUCAGUGAGGAUUCAGCGAUGCAGCAUCUUUGUCAGUCGUCUUCGUCUCACAUGUCUGAUAGGAUGAGAGUAUUGAUGGAGUUGAGAUCUUCGCUUGCUUCCUUUCUUGCUCAGCUUUAUGUUGAGUUGGAUAAACGUGGGGAAGAUCUUUUGAAGAAUCCUGAGAAGUCACUGCCGUCAUUGUUGGCUGUUAUCAAUCGGUUGUUUUCGAAUUUGGAGGGUUCUUUCAGCCAUUUACAUGCUGUGCGUGAGUCUGAUUCUUCUAUUGAUGGAAGUUACUCAAUGCCACUAGUGUUUGAUCGACUGCCUGAAAUUAAUGAAGAAGGAUCUCAGUGGACCGAUUGUGAACUCACGGACGCUAUCAACCUGGUUCAUAAGAAUUUGGAGAAACUCAACUCGUACUUAUCAGUUAUGGUAGGCAAGCAUCGAAAGCCAAGGAGGAUGACUCUGUACUGGGUCCGAUACACAUGUGGUGCAGUUGGGCUUUCUGUCUUUUCUAUAUGGCUGCUACGUCAUAGUAGUUUGAUGGGGAGUUCUGACAUCGAUAAUUGGAUUCAUGAUGCAAAAGAAGCAACAAUGAGCUUCUUCAGUGAUCAUGUUGAGCAACCGCUGCUUGCCAUUAGGGAUGAGCUUUUUGAUACCUUCCGGAAAAGGCACAAGGGUGUUAUGGAAACUGAAGAAGUGCAGCUGACGCAAGACUCACUGCACAGAAUGCUGAGGAAUUUCUGCGAGCAGGAUACGCGUGAAAAGAUCCCAAAUAAUGCAUCUGAUCAGGAGAUGCUUGAAGUUGUUAUGAACCGUUACGAAAAGGAACUCGUGCACCCUAUUCAUAACCUCCUGAACGGAGAGCUUGCACGUGGUUUGCUUAUCCAGGUCCAGAAGCUUAAACUGGAUAUAGAAACAGCGAUGCUUGAACUGGACCAGAUACUUCGUGCAAAUGAAAUAAACUUUGCCAUUCUAGCUGCAUUACCUGCUUUCUUUCUCAGUCUUGGUAUGCUCACGUUGCUUCGAACAUGGCUUAAACAGGAUAGCAGAGCUCAAGGACGUGGAAGAAUUGCACGUAUCCACAGGAGGCUACUUGUCGUUGAAAUUGAAAAGAGGAUUAUGCAGUAUCAGAGCUACAUUGAACAAGGACGUGAUAAGGAUGCAGAAAAUGUAUUUGGUUUGCUAAUAUACAGCCUUGAGCGUUUGUACCGGGUUGUUGAGAAACCUGCAAGAACAAGCGGCGAGUGGGAUCUAGUGAAACAAGAUCUGAUCGAGUUAGGAAAGCCACAGCAGCAAACGUCGUACAAAUUAACGGUGACACAACGGCUAGUAAAGGUUUAUGACUGCUUGCUUCCCACUCUGCAGCGACAAUAACAUAUCAUGGGUUUCUUGAUAUGCCUUUAUGAGAUUCCAAUUUUAUUCAGUUAUUCCUCCACUACCAGUUCUUGCUUGACGGCCUUUUGGAGUUUUUUUUAGCACCAACGAAUGCCUCCUUUUUUCUCUCUUCUUGAGAUGGUAAAACAAAGUUAGAGUGAGAAGACACGAUGUAGGUUUCUCCUUUAUUGAAACCUGUUCUUUGUGGGGUCUUGUAUGACUGGCAACAAUAUUCUCCAACCAUUUUCAGUCUCA